AUGGAAGACAAAUCCCCACGUCUUCUCCCGCUAGAUGAAGAUGGAGAGCCAGUGACCUUGCAGCCCUCUGCAGAUGCAAGCGGAGACUCCGGCAGGAAACAGACAUCAUCUCCACCAGACCCCAAACUCUCCCCGAUAGCCAAGCGCGCAUGGAGCCUGGUAAGCGAGGCCGUGCAGCGGCGAGACACCCUUAACGAGGUUGCCCGGGAGCGGUACCUUAGUGCAGAAGCAGCAGGCGUCGACAAGCAGCAGCUAUGCCAGUAUCAGGACGAGGAGUUCAGGCUGCGAUUCAUGUGGUCAACUCUUAUCGACAGCUUUCGGAUGCACUGCAAUCUUGAGCCGAGUUUGAGACCAUCAGAAUAUGAAUUGGCCAGAAAAGUCGCAGAGAAGAUCCUGUUGUUCCGAAAACGGUCGUUUUAUAAUCGAUAUUCCUUGAUCUUUGAGCGCAUAAAGGGCAGAGGGACGCUGGGAUAUCAGUCGAUACCAGACACGUACGACAAUGACCUGGCUGAUUACUGGAGGGGGGCGUACAUGGCCAUUCUCAAGGAAAGGCAGUAUCGCGAAAUUCCAGCCAGAUUCGCACAAAUUCUGCCCUCGACUCUUUUCCAGAUGGCGUGUGACCACCUAGGUAUAAAUCCAAAGAGAUGCUUUGACGAGAUCCGAGAUUUUGUCCGACAGGGACGGUUUUCUUCGGAUAUUCUAUCUCUGGUUAAAAGGAAACAGCUUGACCUUCUCUGGAGACAGAUCACAGUCGAUAUCAGGGAAUUUCCGUUCAUCUUCUAUCCACACGAAAUCGAACAUACCAAAAGGCUCAUGAUCGCUAACACCCUGUCCAGGAUAUUAAGCAGAUGGUGUAGCUACACCUCUCCCAUCGACUACAAGGAGACUCGCCAGUACCAUGAGGACGCCAGGAUGUUGAAUGCCACGGAUGGCAUAGGAGGUAUGGCAGCUAGCAAACGAGUAGCCGAAAGCAUUGCCAAAUCGAUAUCUGCUAGUGAUCCCAAGGAUCGACGAAAGCUUUUCGCAGACCUUUUGUCCAAAGAGCUCGUCAUUGUUGAAGCUGCUUUAAACACAGCGAAGUUCGAGGCAGGUUGGAUGCAGAAGAGUGCCGAGCGUUGUACGCUCCUAACUGUCGAACUGAAAAUGAUGCUCGACCUCAUCCGCGGUGAUGAGAGAGUCGAGAUAUCACAAUUUAGCAUGUACGGAGAGCAAAGCUGGCCACUGGUCGACUGCCUUGGCGGGACUCCUGCCCAUUGGAAACAGGAGAGGUAUAAGUUGUAA